AUGCAGGGUCAAAGCCAGCAAUAUGAACCAUAUCCAUCUCAGCAAUAUCAAGGUGAUCAGCAACAACAGCAACAGCAAUAUCACCCUAAUGGAACCGUUAUCUUCCCAACCGCUGGUGGCCAGUCAAGCUCAUACAAUUCAGCCAAUACUGGAUUCUCCCAAAGUCAACAAGUCCCCCAAACAUACCCGACACAGACCAUUAAUGGUGGAGCAUACCAGAAUCAACAAGUCCAGCAAGCGCCGUACGAUACGAAUCAGAAUAAUCAAGGAAUGUAUGAUGGGCAGCAGCAGCAAUAUGAUCAGAAUCAACAGCAAAACCCGCAGCAGAAUUUUGAUCAAAACCAACCGCAGCAGCCUUACCAGCAGCCGAUCGACAACAAUGCUCCAUAUCCCGCCGGACAAUACCAAGGUUCAACAUUCAAUGAUAACCCAACAGAACGUCCAGAAAUUUUUCAAAACGCUGAAAAUGUCACCCCAACCCCCUCCAAUUUUGCAGAGCCCUCUACGCAAUUUCCAACUCGCCCAAUCCCACAAGAAUCUCAAACCCCAAAUACUCAGCCACCAAUCCAAAAUGACCAAAAUGUGAUUCAACCCCAGCCUGGUGUUGAUGAGAAUCCGAUUCCAUACGAUUAUAGAACGGAAGAGGGAGAAACUGCAACUUCCAAUCCUGUCCUACCCAUAGUUAUCCCACCGGUAGUUAUUGAAUCAUCGACGAACGCUCCCUUACCCGAAGCGACCCCGGGACCUCAAACCAGCCUCCCUGAAUCCGUUUCGACAGUAAAUCCAUCCCAACAAUUUGAAGGUACCCAAGGCUACCCAACGACGCCAUACCAAUCGAGCCAGGGAUUUAGCAGCACGCCAUCUACAACGAGCCAAGGAUUCAGUAAUAAUCAAAAUCAGGGAUUCAGUAGUACACCUUAUCCAUCAAGCCAAGGAUUUAAUGACAAUCAGAAUCAAGAAUAUAGCAGCACUCCAUAUCCAUCAAGUCAGGGCUACAAUAACAACCAAAAUCAAGGAUUCAGUAGCACUCCGAACCCAUCGAGCCAGGGAUACAAUGAUAAUCAGAACCAAGGAUUCAGUAGCACACCAUAUCCGACAACAAACCAGGGCUUCAGCAGCACUCCGGGAGGCUCGCCGUAUCCGCAAGAUCAAAACAAUGGAUUCCAAUCGACUACUCCUGGCUACGCCACAAGCCCACAAGGUCAAACCCAGUAUAGUGGACAGCAAUUCGAUCAAUCAAUGUCAUCGACACCUUCCGGACAGUUCCAGUCAGGAACUCAGAUGGGAGAUCAACCAUCUUCUGACAUCUAUCCAAGUCAGCAAGACAUCAUGUCUGGCUCAAGAACAUCCGCAAAUGCUAUCGCUUCUGCGGCAGCCGCUGCUGCAGCUGCAGGCGGAGCUGCUGUCCUUGGAAGAGAUGAUACUGGAAGCUCUCUGGCACCACAGUUCCGCGGUCAACAGGAAUUCGGAGCGCAGCCAGAUGGAACUAAUUACCAACAACAGCAACAACAAGGUGGCUUCAGUACCAUCAGUACCACACCAGCGGGCGGAUUGACACCACAGUUUGUCAGCCAGCAAGAUCUGUUGGGUUCGGCAGGACAGCAGCAGCAACAACAGAACAAUUACCCAAGCACCCAGUAUCCAGGACAACAAAUGGAUCAAGGAUUUUCCUCAACCCAAGCUUCAUUGAACGCCCAGUUCCCCAGCCAGCAGGAGCUUAUCAAUAAUGACGCGCAAAGCAAGGGAAAUACUAUCCCUAGCGGUUUCACGCCGGUUUAUGGCGACAUGAACACCCAAUACGGUCAUUAUGAGUCUUCAACUUCAGCAGGCAACGCGCCACAGUUCGACGAGUCAAUGAACCAACCACAAAACUCGUCAAAUAAUGUCUACUCAAUUCUCAUCAGUGUCAUCGCAAUCUUGCUGGUGUUAUGA